AUGUCGGCUCGAAGGCUGUGACUGUCAUAUGUUCUUUUCGGUAUUUGUGGAUUGCCUGUUUUGUGAAGUUCUUUUAAGUUUACCUUGAUGUCACGAGAAAGAAAAUCUUUUUUAGUAUCCAUCUUCCACGUAGUAUGUUUUCUUUCGCAGAAUUUUGCAGGGUCUGUGGAUAACCUCCGACUUGAACCAAACAAGGGACAAAGAAGGACACUUGAUCCAUCUGUGACAUUGACCUUGGACCUCUACACCCCCGUGUUCUCAUGGAGAUUUGCCAUAUGUCAAGUUCAUGUGAAGCAAUACAAUGUAUCAUUAUCUUUGGAUCCCAAAUUUUCAUAUGAUUCUUCAGACAAGGGAUCAGAUGUUGCAGUUCUGAAGCUAUUCCCAUAUGUUGUACAAUAUUAUCCUUUCUAUUUGAGGUCUGAAAAUAAGGAUCACAGUUUUGAAGCUGAUAUAAUAGCUGUACCAUACACAAAUGGAGCUCCAUUUCCUGGUGGUUGUUGCCUGACAUGUAACAUGGAGUUAGAUCCAAAUAUUGUGAUUUCCUAUGAUGCAGUUGAGACAAAUGUAACAUUCUCAUUUGCCAAUGUGUAUUAUGGAAGAUAUGCCAAUGCUAGCAAGAGUGUACCAUGUGAUGGAAACAAGCUACAUCCUGAUAAAUCACCAGAGCAUUACCGUCUAGAAUACCAUAUCUACAUCAUGUUUCUUGCUGAAGGUGACACUUCAGAGGAGACAUUUUUUAGGGGUAUGGAAAAAAUGGCGUACCCUGAUGUGAUCAAAACCCAUGGGAAGAAGGUUGCCACUCUCAAGGCACCAACCAUUCCAAGGCUGAAAUUUGACACUCAUCAAGUUGGCCAGGGCGUGGUGUACAAUGUGAUAGUUUUUGAUCCAACAAAUCAAAUGGAGGCUGCCUACUCACCAGCCGUAACCUAUGCUGGCAAUGAUUCAAAACCUGGUGUAGUUGAUGCCAUAUUUGCUGUGUUAGGAAGCAUCAUUGGUUUAGUGUUCUGUUUAUUUGGGUUCCGGCUCUUCAAAUUUACUUUACUUUUCGGAGGAUUUGUGAAUUUUUCCUUUUUAGUUUUCAUUGUUAUCUCUGCCAACAGUGAUCUUAGCCAUUUAGGUGUAAUGCUGACAAGUUCUGGAAUAGGCAUGUUGCUUGGUUUGAUGGUGUUUGCCUUGUGGUGGUUCACUGAGUGGACAAGGCUUUGCCUCCUUUUCAAUGCUCUGUUUCUUGGAUUCUUGGUCGGAGCCACAUUGAUGUUCACACCUUUUGGAGACCUGGACAUGAUUCAGUCAAGUGAUUUUGACUAUGGAGCGAUACUCUGUGCUUGUACCAUAGUUGUACCAGUGAUUUUAAUACUUUGGCCUCGCUUGCUUUGUAUUGUGUACACUUCAGUUGUAUCUGCAUAUGCUUUUGUUGUGGGUAUCGAUUUCUUCAUACACACGAGUAUUUCCUAUAUAGUGAUUAAUGUGAUUCUACAUGCCACAAAGCCGCAGUACCGCCAUGACCAUAUAUACGUCACCACGCCAUUCCAACAAAAUGAUUACAUCUUGUCGGCAACAUGGGUGUUCUUAGCAUUACUUGGCGGCUUUGUUCAAUAUGUAACGUCCAAACGCAAACAGUUUCCCAAGAGCGGCUUCAUUGAGCAGAAGAGAGUCAGAAAAUAUUUUAUCAACAAAAACAAAGAGGGAGAGCAGACUGCGAUAUUAAUUAACGCUGAUACUCCAACAAGAUAUGGCGCUAAUAAUGUCUGUUGACAAUGAAUGCCACAUACCGUAAACUGCCGCUUAUAAGCCUUCCCCCGUAUAAGCCCCUCCAGUUACAGACCCAUGCACCUGUGAGCAAAAUUCUACUACCAUUAAAACAGCCCCCCGGAUAUAAGCUCCAUUUCAAGUUUAGAGUGAAAUGAGUAUAAAAAAAACGCAUAUGCAAAACUGUUUUUUAUUUUUUCAUUCAGCUUAAAAGCCCUCCCGGAU